GAGGCGAACGGAGAAUAAAAUUCGAUUUGGUGGCUUCCACUUUGUAGUUGGCAUUAUUAUCCAUCAAUGAGAGGAAUUCGAUUGGUCUACUGGCGGGACGACGACGGAGAGAAGCUAGGGUUUUCCGACAGCUAGGGCUUAUGAAAUCCCCAACCUUAUGAUUUGUUUGCUCACUGCUGAACUAGAAUAUCACUUCUUAUAGGCAUUAGAAGUGUUAAAUGAGACUUUCUGGAAGCUAUGAAUAUUGAGUCGAUUACUAUGGUGGAACUGAGAAGGAUGGGUAUGUAUGAUGCAAACCAUCAAAUUGGCAUGUGGGCUGAUUGCCUCAAAGCUGAAAGUAGCCAAAAUACUAGUUCUUCUGCGAUUUUGGAGGAGCAAGAUGGGGGAAUGGAGAAUUUAUCCGAAGAUGCUCGUCUUGGGAUAGUUGGACCGUCGAAGCCUUAUGAGCAAGAAGAAAGCAAGCCUUCGGAUAAGGUAAUUAGACGCUUAGCUCAAAAUCGGGAGGCUGCAAAAAAAAGUCGACUUCGAAAAAAGGCUUACAUUCAACAACUUGAAUUAAGCCGUAUAAAGUUGGUCCAACUUGAGCAAGAGGUCGAUAAAGUUAGGCACCAGGGUGUGUACAUUGGUGAGCAUAUAGACAAUUCUAUUAUUGGAUAUUCAGGAUCUAUUAAUCCAGGCAUUGCUGCUUUCGAGUUGGAAUAUGGACAUUGGAUUGAAGAACAAAACAGGCAGAUUUGUGAGCUUAGAGCUGCUCUUCAAGGUUCUGCAUCUGAUAUAGAACUCGGUAUUCUUGUUGAGAAUGUAAUGAAGCACUAUGAUGAUCUAUUCCGCAUGAAAUCAAUUGCUGCCAAGUCGGAUGUGUUUUACAUUGUAUCUGGCUUGUGGAAAGCUUCUGCAGAACGUUUUUUCCUUUGGAUUGGCGGCUUUCGGCCUUCAGGUCUUCUAAAGGUUCUUUCCCCCCAAUUAAAUCCUUUAACAGAACAACAGCUAAUGGCUGUAUAUAACCUGCAACAAUCAUCUCAACAAGCUGAAGAUGCUCUUUCACAGGGAUUGGACAAACUUCAACAGACACUUUCUGAAACAAUAGCAGCUGACCCUUUGAGCGCUUCAGGAAUGACAAAUUAUAUGGGACAAAUGGGACAAGCAAUGGGGAAGUUAGAAGCUCUUGUGAGCUUUGUCGAUCAGGCUGAUCACCUUCGUCAAGAAACAUUACAGCAAAUGUAUCAAAUUCUAAAGACACGGCAGGCAGCGCGCGGCCUGCUUGCUUUGGGUGAUUAUCUGCAGCGCCUUCGUGCUCUGAGCUCAUUGUGGGCGGCACGACCUCGAGAACGAAUUCAAGAUUAUUGAAAUAUUAUUUAACUAUGCAUAGUUGUAUAUAUUAGACAAGAAUGAGAUGGCAUGAUUGUUAUUGAAGAAAAAAAGUGAUAGUCAUAAUGGAAAACUUUGGUAGGAUAGCAAUUUGUACAUAAUUCCCAGUAUGCCUGAUUUUUGCAGUAUAUUGUCGAUUGCCUUUGUAAUUGCUUGUUGUGUAAUAUGUCUGCAAAUAUAUCAUUAAGUUGCAGAGAAGAAAGGCCUUCAUGGGAUUAUUAUGUGGUGUAUUUCUUCCUUGUGGAGAUCAAUUUUGCAGGCACUUUUCACUA